CCAAAUUCCAUUCCCGCCACUUGAUAGUAAGAAGCGCGCCAUCUCUCUCUCUCUCGCGCCCCCUUUUCUCCCUUCCUCGUCAUACACGGAAGUCGGAACCAAACCAGAAGAAGCGAUGGAGACAAGAUCGACCUCGAAGAAACGGAAGUCCUCGUCCAUGGACUCCUUCACAGGGAUCUUCACUCGGAGCAGGUCCGAGAUCUUCCUCCACCGCAACAGAUCAGGUCGAGCUCGAUCCGAUUCCAAAUGCCGAAAUAACCACAUUGAGGUGGAAUGGCCCAACUGGACUCGGAUAAAUCCUAGACUGUCCAACGAAGAAGCUUUCGAUAACGAAAUUGCUCGUAUUUCCAUCAAGGAUCUUCGGACUAGACGGGUUUUCUCUCCUGCUUCGAUUCCUGUUGAGUGCUAUUCAGACGAAACUGUCGACAGUGAAGAAAUUGAGGAUGCCGAAAAACCCAAGUUGUCUGAUAAUGGAGGGGCUGAGGCGUUGAGUGUGGAGGCUUCACAUAGUGAGCAGAAAAAUGAUCGAGACGGUGAGAUUUCUUGUCGGGGAGAUGCGCCCACGGAAGAUUGUAUUCAGACAACACCUCCGGAUACUGAUGUCUUCUGCAGAUCGGAGGUGGAUGAGACCGAAGGCAACACAAUUGGGUUUGAGAUACAGAGUGCUGAUUGUAGUUCAGAGAACCCAUCAAAUAGAAAGAUUUCUGAUAGAGAUUGUUAUGCUGGUGAAAGGUUUUUCCGGGUCGAGAAGGAUAAAAACAAUCAACCGAACGCUAGGAGUAGAAUGGAGGGACUUGUUCCAUGUUCACGACUGAGGCUAUUUAAGACCCCUAGUUCCUUCAGCUACAGAAGAUUGUUGCCAUUUCUUAUGGAUCUUGCCAAAGAUAAUUCCAAUGCUUUGGAAAUUCAUCCAUGUCAGAAAGUUGAGAAGGCUGAGGAAAGGCUUCUUCCAAUUUCAGUCACUAAAUCUAGGGACAUUCUCUUAAAUGGAACUAAUGCAGAAAAAUUUCCCAUGGAACAUCAUUUUGAUGAUCUGCGUGUUACUCCAACCAUCAAGUCAAGUGAAUCAACUCCAUCUACUGGUUCAUCUGAAGUUGAGCAUUCCAAUUUGGUAUCUAUUCAACAACCCAUUAUUGAACCUCAUUUACAAAUUUCUCCUGAUACCCCUCUUGUUUCACCAGUUUGUGGUUCAAUGAUCAAGAUAACCCCUGAUUCAUACAGUGAAUGUACACCAAAAGUUCAACAGGUGAUACCAGAUGGAUCCAGUAGGUUGGAACCUGGCCAUCAUGCUGUUGAUUCCAUUCAUGAAACAGAUCAAGUGAACAAUUCAUCACAUUCUUCUGUUUGUCCUGAAGCUUCAACAAUAGAUAAAGGUGCCCUAGAAGUCCCUUCUUGCUUGCCUUCUGAAGUUGAAGAUGGCUUUGUAACGCCAUUACCAAACUUAAUUACAGACAUGAAUCCUGUUGCUGCAGUCAGCAUUCAUCAGGAUUCAUCUGGUGUUGGUAAACUGAAGGGGAUUCUCAAGAGAAAUCCACGAGGAUGCAGAGGGCUUUGCACAUGUCUAAAUUGUUCUUCUUUUCGUCUUCAUGCGGAGAGGGCAUUUGAAUUUUCAAGGAAUCAGAUGCAAGAUGCCGAGGAAGUAACUGCAUAUUUGAUGAAAGAACUGUCUUGCCUGAGAAAUCUAUUGGAGAAAUGUAUUGAUGAUUCAAAGGAUCAAGCUGUUCUUCAAGUUAGUCAGGUACAAGAAGCUUGCAGCAAAGCGUCCGAAGCAGAAGGGUUGGCUAAAUGCCAACUAAUGCAAAUGAGACAGGAUCUCAAUAUUCACUGCAGAAUGACAUGCUUGCAGCGACCAAGGGUGAAUUUUGUCAAUUCUUCUGAAGUGAAACCCAGUCAAAGUAUUGGGGCUUUCCAGUCAAAGAGUAAAUCUGAAAACAGUGGAUGAAGAGGUUAUUUUGUGCCGUUCAUGAGAGUGCAAUUGAUCUUCGUGGAAUUGCUAUUAUCAUUUAGGCCAGUUUCAUUUUGAGGCUGGCGGUGCCUUGUUCUGUUGUAGCAGCUUAACUAUCAGGGGUUAUACGUCACCCAUUGGAAAUUGCAAAAAGUUGAAAGCACUUAAAUUUCAUUGAUAAGGGCUCCUUAAAGUAAUGGAUGUUAGUCUCGAAGGUAGGAUUCCUUUGGGUUGGUUGGUAGUAAGUACAAGGUACUAGAGUUGUUUUUCUCUUCCAACCAUUUGUGGAGAUCCCAUCCUCUUCAGGAAAUUGCAGCAGCUUAGAAACCUUCGAAGCUGACAAAUUGCUUCAAGGAUAUGGUCCCAUCCCAUCCGUUGAACUGCUAAGUCAGCUUUCUACUCUUGGUUGAAACAAUUUGAAUUGGAGACUACACCCAAGAUUGGAAAUGUUAGUCUUUGUACUGAAUAGGUCUGUCUGAACACUAACUAGCUCCAAGAUGAAAACCCAAGCAAUUUGGUCAAGUUGUCAUUCAA